AUGAAGCAACGAGUGGCGACGGAUGAGCGGCCCUUUAAAACGGGAUCCACUGAUGAAACCCCCAGUGAAGAGGAACCAGCAGCAGCUUUGGUCGUACCUCCAGAUGGCGGUUGGGGAUGGGUCGUCAUGAUUGCAUCCUUCUGCUGCAAUUUCAUGGUGGACGGAGUUAUCUUAUCCAAUGGAGCCAUACUUCCAGCCAUUAGAAAAGAAUUUAAUGCGACUGAAAUCGAAGUGGCUCCGAUCAACUCCUUGCUUGCUGGAUUUUACCUUCUUCUUGGACCUAUUGCCUCGGCCUUGGCAAACAAAUACGGAUUCCGAAAGGUGACUAUCCUAGGGAGUUUGAUAUCCGCAGCUGGCUUCGCUAUCUCCUACUACGCCACUAGUCCUCAAUAUCUGUACGUUACUUAUGGAGUAAUCGGAGGAUUUGGAGUAUGUCUGAUAUUCAUGCCGGCUGUACUGACCGUCGGAUUCUACUUCGAGAAAUGGAGGGCUCUCGCCACAGGAAUAGCUCUCUGCGGCUCAGGAGUUGGAGUCUUUGUCAUGUCGCCCAUCACCAAGUCACUUGUUGAUAAUUAUGGUUGGAGAAUGACAAUCUUCAGUCAGUCCGGUAUGAUGUUGCUGUGUAUCCUUUUUGGAUUAACCUUCAAACCAAUCGAGCCAGUACAUGUUGUAGUAGAAGAAGAAGCCGCGACAUCUGAAGAAGAUGAAGCGGAACGUAAAAAAAUGGCGGCGGAGAAGUUAGCGGAGAAAAACAUGAUGAAACUCGAAAACAGACUCGACUCCGGCAUAAGAAUGCCACCUGACAUGAAAUUCGCAACCAAAUCCAGCCCCCACACAUGGAUGGGCGUUUCUAAUAACACGCGUUACCCCACAGCAGAAGAGGUCUUCCGUGGGAGCAGUACAUACAUAAAUGGUCAGCGACGAUCCUCCGCUACUGCAGGAACGAUUAAAAGUAAUCUGGGACCUAAACCCGUUUAUGCCACGGUCAGCGAAAAAGACGAACAAGAAGACUCUAACACUACUCCUGACAAGGCAACUCAACCUUUGAUUGGAUCAGUACUUCGAGUCAUGUCUCGCAACGACUUCAGUCAGCAACGCCGCUCAACAGCUGAUUUGGUUGCCAGACCCCUAUACCGUGAAGACAUCUUCUUCGGAGCUAGUUUGGCCAGACUUCCUCAAUAUACGUCACGAACAUCUCUUGGAUACCAUUUGGCUGUUACCCACGUACCGUCACCUGAAGACGCAAAGGAAGAAGAAACAAAGAAAUGCCGAAUUUGCCCAGUAGCCGUGCGCAGAGCUUUGGCCACCCUCUUGGACGUCAGCCUAUUCAAGUCUGUGACUUUCGUGAUUCUGGCUCUCAGUGGUUUCUUCACAAUGACUGGUUUCUUUGUGCCCUUCGUGUACGUGCAAAAUAGAGCACGUGAAAAUGAUGUACCCCCCGAGGCUAUUGAAUGGUUGGUGUCUUCGAUUGGAGUAGCAAACAUUGUUGGACGAUUGGUAUGUGGACUGGUGUCAUCCAUGCCAAAGGUGUCCCCGUUGUUGGUCACCAACAUUGCUCUCACCAUGGGCGGUCUUGCUACAAUGCUUAGUAACUUGUGCUUCGACACCUACUUCCAGUACGGAUACUGCGUCAUAUUCGGUCUUUCUGUGGCUUGCUUCGCUGCUCUGCGUUCCAUCGUCGUUGUUGAAUUCCUUGGACUCGAAAGAUUGACCAACUGCUUUGGCCUUUUCCUCCUCUUCCAAGGAAUUGGUGCUUUAAUAGGUUCACCAAUUGCUGGAAUGCUGUACGAUGCCACAAAAAGCUAUGCUAUAUCAUUCUAUGUAUCCGGGGCAUUUAUACUCCUAUCAGCAGUUAUGUGCUAUCCUAUCAAUAGGAUUAGCAAGUGGGAGAAGAAACGCGCUGAAGAGAAUGAGAAGUUGAAGAGCACUGUCCCAACAAGUUUAGUCGACAAAGUAUAA